AUGAUAAAACCAAAAACACAAUUAAAAGCUCUGCCUCUUUCAAAUGCCUCAGAGAAAUUACCACCGCUUCGUUUACCAAAGGGUUUCACUGAUUCGACAAAAGAAGCAAUUAAUAAAUUAAGAGAUCAAUUACGUUACUAUGCUGUAGUAGAUAUUCGAUCUCAAAAAUUUUUAAUCACCAAAAAUGAUAUCGUGAUUGCACAUAGGUUGCGUGACGUGAAUGUUGGAGAUGAAUUAAGAUUAAAUCGGGUGCUCGAACUGGGAUCCAAGGAUUACACAAUUAAGGGACAACCUUUUGUUUCUGAAGCAUUUUAUAACAUCAAAGCUACAGUGCUUGAACAACCUAAAG